GUCCUGCCAGCUUCUCCCUUUUCUUCUUCCUCUCCCCCUCAAAACUUCAUCCUCGAUCAUAUUUCAUCUGCAUUGUCGGGCCCAGUCAUUCGUUGCAACUGCCCUUUUGCCCUUUUAUAUUGACUUCUAAUUCGAACCUUCUUUGAUCGGUCUCUCACUCACUUGAGACGCUCAACAAUCGUUUUACAUUUACUGCCAAAUUCUCAAAUCUCCUCAACCCACUUCUCCACGCCUAUCCGCAUUAGUUCAUCCCAUAUUAUCGUCCCGAAAAUGAAGACAUUCAAUGCAAUUGCAGCUCUGGCUGCAGCUACCUCCGUUUACGCUGCGCCCUCUCCCACAGAGCAACUCGAAGCUCGAGCAUCAUCUCUUACUGCAAUCACAGUCAAGGGCAAUGCUUUCUUCCAAGGAAACAACCGAUUCUAUAUCCGCGGCGUCGACUAUCAACCAGGAGGAUCUUCGAAGCUCGUGGACCCCUUGGCCGAUUCCACCGCCUGUACGCGUGAUAUCGCCGAAUUCAAGAAGCUUGGCUUGAACACCGUCCGUGUCUACACUGUCGACAAUACUGUAAACCACGAUGCUUGCAUGUCAGCGUUGGCCGCUGCAGGCAUGUACUUAGUGCUAGACGUCAACACACCUCUCUACUCCCUCAACAGAGCCACCCCAGCACCAUCCUACAACUCCGUCUACCUCCAGAACAUCUUCGCCACCAUCGAUGCGUUCGCAAACUACACGAACACCUUGGCUUUCUUCUCCGGUAACGAGGUUAUCAACGAUGAUUCUACUACCUCCGCUGCACCAUACGUCAAGGCCGUCACUCGUGAUAUGAGACAGUACAUUGGAAGCCGUGGAUACCGCCAAAUUCCUUGUGGAUACUCAGCAGCUGAUGUCGACUCCAACCGUCUCGAGAUGGCUGAAUACAUGAACUGCGGUACCGCUGAUGAGCGCAGCGACUUCUUUGCUUUCAACGACUACUCCUGGUGUGAUCCUUCUUCAUUCCAGAUUUCCGGAUGGGAGCAGAAAGUUAAGAACUUCACCGGCUAUGGCCUCCCAAUCUUCCUCUCUGAGUAUGGUUGCAAUACCAACACCCGUAAAUUCGAGGAAGUUGCUGCUCUCUACAACACGGAGAUGACCAGCGUCUACUCUGGUGGUCUCGUUUAUGAGUACUCUGAGGAAGGUAGCAAAUACGGCCUCGUCACCAUCAACUCUGAUGGAACGAUCACCGAAGGAGCUGAUUACGCCGCUCUCAAGACCGCCCUGGCUGGAACCGCUCCCCCAACCGGAGACGGAGGAUACAACUCCACAGGAGGAGCAUCCGGCUGCCCUGCCAAGUCCGCUAACUGGGACGUCAGCGGUGAUUCUCUUCCAGCCAUUCCCUCCGCUGCGGCAGACAUGAUGAAGACUGGUGCAGGCAAGGGUUUCGGUCUCACGGGCACCGGAUCCCAGAACGCUGGUGGAACUUCGACUGGAACUGCUACUCCUGGCUCUGGAUCCGUCACUGCUACCAGCACUGCGAAGAAGAGCUCUGCUCCUGGCCGUCAGCCCCCGUUCGACAAGACCCCUAUCUUGGUUGCAGGUUUGGCUGUCGCUUUCUCUCUCUUCGGAGCUUGUCUGCUAUAAAUGAUCGGAUGGAGUGUACAUAAGGAGUGUCAAGUACGUAACAAGGUAUGGAAGGAAUCAGAGGGCUGAGACUGGAUCUUGCAUGGAUAGAGGUAUACCACUGACACGAACCUGGAAACGGCUGUUGCUGAUGGAUUGGCAUUCUCGGUGUUCUCGUUUGUUUUUCUUCUUGUGGGUGUAUGAGUCAAAAAUUGCCUUCUAUGUAACAAAAGGCCUGUUCGACAUGGCGUGUGC